AUGGACCUGCACGAAAUCUCUGCCUGUGCGCACAUUCGCAGCGCCGAGGACAAGCGCGCAUUGUGGGAUGGAAUGAAAAAAAAAUGUCGAUUGGAAGCCCGCAAGGAGGACUGUAACGCUGUUCCUACCAUGGUGAUGGCUUCCGGGAGUGAUUCAACAAUAGCAGCCCACACAUGCACUGACCGUCAGGCUGCAGCCGCCACCAGUAGUGCUGCUGCUGUUGUGGCAUUGGCUGCUAGUGCUACUGCACCUGCUGCUCCAGCUGCUCCAGGGCCAGUAACGCCAGCAGGAGUAGCUGGAGAUGGCAGCAGUACUAGUGGUGGUGGUGUAUCAUCCUCUGUAACUCCACCCUGUGGUGACCCUGUAGUGACCAAGCAGCAGAUCCUUACGACUGGACCUGUUGCAGAAGUCGCUGCUGCCAGGGGGCCCGCUGGUGCCAUAGAACACCACCAACCGGGGCAGCGAGCAGUUAUCACUGCUGCGACUACUGUUACUGUACUACGAUCCGUUACGGAUCUGGAGCUGGCAGUUGCUCAUCUGCGAGCUAGGGACCCGAGGAGCAGCAGAGGUGGCAGUAGUGGUGGUCCCUGGGACUGCGGUGACGGCCGUGGUGGUGGUGCCAGCCAUAGCUUGUUUGCAGCACUGGCUCGCUCUGUGGUUUACCAGCAGCUGGCAACAAAGGCCGCCUCGGCCAUAUGGGGCCGAGUCUUGGCAGUGUGCAAGGCCACGAGUGGCGACCUGCUGACGCCUGGUCAGGUCCUGUCUACACCAGCUGAGCAGCUGAGGGCUGCUGGACUCAGUGGCCGUAAGCUUGAAUACUUGACAGGCAUGGCAGAGGCCUUUGCGACACGGGAGGGCUGGGAGGAGCGGCUUGCAGCCACCCACGACUUGGAUCAGCUGGUUUCGGAGCUGACCUCCCUGCGUGGUGUAGGCAGCUGGACGGUGCACAUGCUGGCCAUGUUCCAUCUGGGCCUUCCGGAUGUGCUGCCCUGCGGUGACCUGGGUGUACGACGGGGGCUGCAACAACUGCACAAACUACCGAAGCUACCCCAGCCAAAGCAAGUAGAGGACCUGACGGAGGCGUGGAGGCCAUACAG